CCGUAUUUUAAAAAACUUCUCUACCUCCUAUCUUAUUUUACUCAAUCAGGGUGUAACGUUGUUCAUCUUAACUGUGGAGAGUGGAAAUCAAGAAGGCGACGGCCCCAAAUUCCCGCCAAAUAACUCCAAUGGAAACACUUGCCGGGAAUUUGCACUAAAUUCCCGCCAUAUCACAUGCUACGGUUGAAACAUAAAGCUCUUUGUUUCGCUUUCCCUUCCUAUUGAGAGACUGUCACCCGUCUGUCCUUCUGUAGACCUUUUCACUUAAACCUCACUCCCCUCCUGGCUGCUGCCUUCCUCUCGAACCACGGAAAUGGCACCGGCGCGUAAACCAAGCAAUGGCAGAUCGCCGCUGGUCAAUCCACAGCGCCAAAUCACUUCUUUCUUCUCGAAAGCAUCUUCUCCUUCUCCUUCUCCUUCUCCACUCCCUGCCUCCACUCUCUCCAAAGGACAGUCCCCCAAACUUAACCCUAACCCUAAACGUCCAAGCCCUAGUAGCCCUUCCACUCCUUCUCCUCUACAAUCCAAAAUGAAAAAACCGCUAUUAGUCAUUGGCCAAACUCCCUCUCCAUCUGCAUCGCCAUCUGCUUCAACGCCUGCAACCGCCAUUAAGUCGUACGGCAAAGAAGUGGUGGAUAAGAGGAUUAGGGUUUACUGGCCGUUGGAUAAGAGCUGGUACGAGGGUUACGUUAAAUCUUAUUAUGAGGAUUCUGGUAAACAUUUGGUUGAGUACGAUGAUUUUGAAGAGGAAGUGUUGGAUUUGGGAAAGGAAAAAAUUGAGUGGGUUGAGGAAACUGUGAAGAAAUUUAAGCGCCUACGAAGGGGUUCUUUGUCUUUCAAGAAGACAGUGAUUGAAGAUGAAAUUGAAGAGAUGGAGGAUGUCGGUAAUAUUGAAGAAGGCAAUGAUGGUGAUGAUUCUAGUGAUGAAGAUUGGGGAAAGAAUCCAGAGAUGGACGUCAGUGAUGAGGGUGAUAUGGAUUUGGGGGAUGAGCAAGAAGUGGAUAAUGACAGGGUCGGCAAAAAUGAAAAGCAGGGUGGGAAGAGUGAAUCAAGGAAAAGGAAAGUUUGCGGAGCUGGAAAGCUGGUUUGUGGGAAGAAGAGCGAGGACACUGGGAAUGUGAGUAAAAAAGAGUUGAAAGUUUCAGUUGUGGAGCAAGUUAAGAAUAAAGAUGUGGUGUCUGGCCUUGGUAAUGCUUUGACAAGUAAUGCUUCUGAAAGGUUCAGCGCACGUGAAACUGGGAAAUUAUGGUUUCUUGGAGCAGAACAGAGGGAUGCAAAAAGGAGGCGCCCUGGAGAUGCACAUUAUGAUCCAAGGACUCUGUACCUGCCUCCAAAUUUUGUAAAGAGUUUAUCAGGUGGUCAGAGACAAUGGUGGGAGUUUAAAUCAAAGCAUAUGGAUAAAGUGUUGUUUUUCAAGAUGGGCAAAUUUUAUGAGCUUUUUGAAAUGGAUGCCCACGUAGGAGCUAAGGAAUUAGAUUUGCAAUAUAUGAAGGGAGAACAACCUCAUUGUGGUUUUCCAGAGAGGAAUUUCUCAAUGAAUGUGGAAAAACUGGCAAGAAAGGGUUAUCGAGUUCUUGUUAUAGAGCAGACAGAAACACCUGAACAACUGGAACUUCGUCGCAAAGAGAAAGGAUCUAAAGACAAGGUUGUGAAACGUGAAAUAUGUGCAGUGGUUACAAAAGGAACACUAACUGAGGGAGAAUUACUUGCAGCAAAUCCUGAUGCUUCUUAUCUAAUGGCAGUGACAGAAAGGUGUCAGAAUUUGGAAAACGAAAAUUUUGAGCGGGUUUUUGGUAUCUGUGUGGUUGAUGUUGCUACCAGCAGAAUCUUUCUUGGGCAGUUUAAGGAUGAUGCAGAAUGCAGUUCAUUGUGUUGUCUAUUAUCUGAGCUGAGGCCAGUAGAAAUUAUAAAACCUGCAAAAAUGCUCAGCUCUGAAACUGAGAGAGUAAUGCUGAAGCAAACGAGGAAUCCUUUAGUAAAUGAGUUGGUUCCCCUCUCUGAAUUCUGGGAUUCGGAGAAAACUGUUUGUGAAGUCAAGGCCAUCUACAGGCGGAUCACAGAUCAAUCAGCCCCUGGAUCUUUAAAUAAAGCAGAUAUAGAUACAGCAGAACUUCAUAUUGCAGAAGAUGGGUCAAGCUGCCUACCAGAAAUUUUGUCAAAGCUAGUAAAUAAAGGAGAAAAUGGCAGCCUAGCCCUUUCAGCUCUUGGAGGAACUCUCUAUUAUCUAAAACAGGCUUUUCUUGAUGAGACUUUGCUUAGAUUUGCAAAGUUUGAAUCACUUCCAUGCUCUGAUUUCUGUAAUGUUGCUCAAAAACCAUACAUGAUUCUUGAUGCUGCUGCGAUGGAGAAUCUUGAGAUCUUUGAGAAUAACAGAAAUGGAGGCUCUUCAGGGACACUUUAUGCACAACUGAAUCACUGUGUGACGGCAUCUGGGAAGAGAUUGCUGAAGACAUGGCUAGCAAGACCUCUAUAUGAUUUGAGAUCUAUCGAGGACCGCCAGGAUGCUGUGGCAGGUCUACGGGGGGCAAAUCAACCUAUUGCAUUGGAAUUUCGAAAAGCAUUGUCUAGGCUUCCUGACAUGGAGCGAUUACUUGCACGCAUAUGUGCUAGCAGUGAAGCUAGUGGAAGAAAUGCAAAUAAGGUAAUUUUAUAUGAGGAUGCAGCAAAGAAGCAGCUCCAGGAGUUCAUAACUGCUCUCCGUGGCUGUGAAUUAAUGGCCCAAGCAUGUUCUUCACUUUGUGCCAUUUUGGAAAAUGCUGAGUCCAGGCAACUACAUCAUUUGCUAACACCUGGUGAAGGUCUUCCUAAUGUCCAUUCAAUUCUUAAACAUUUUAAGGAAGCUUUUGAUUGGGUGGAAGCCAACAAUUCUGGACGUAUAAUACCUCAUGAAGGAGUUGAUGUGGAGUAUGACUCUGCAUGUAAGAAAGUUAGGGAAAUUGAGUCCAGCUUGACAAAACACCUUAAGGAACAGCGAAAGUUACUUGGAGAGACAUCGAUCAGUUACGUCACAGUUGGAAAAGAAGCCUAUCUAUUAGAAGUCCCAGAACAUUUGGGUGGCAAUAUUCCUCGAGAUUAUGAAUUGCGAUCUUCCAAAAAGGGGUUUUACAGGUAUUGGACUUCAAGCAUUAAGAAGUUCUUAGGAGAGCUCUCCCAGUCCGAGUCUGAAAAGGAAUCAACCUUGAAGAGCAUUUUGCAGAGAUUGAUUGGGCGUUUCUGCAAACAUCAUGAUAAGUGGAGACAACUGGUUUCUGCAACAGCAGAACUGGAUGUUUUGAUUAGUUUGGCAAUUGCUAGUGAGUUCUAUGAAGGACCUGCAUGCCGCCCAAUCGUCCUGGGUUGUCAAUCAAGUGAAGUGCCACGGUUAUCUGCAAAAAGUUUGGGGCACCCUAUUCUUAGAAGUGAUUCUUUAGGCAAGGGUGCAUUUGUGCCGAAUGACAUCAAUAUUGGCGGUAGUGUUGGUGCCAGUUUUGUCCUUCUCACUGGUCCUAACAUGGGUGGGAAGUCUACUCUUCUCCGGCAAGUUUGUUUAGCUGUGAUUCUGGCCCAGGUAGGAGCUGAUGUCCCUGCAGAGAGCUUUGAAUUGUCACCUGUCGACCGAAUAUUUGUCCGGAUGGGUGCAAAAGAUCAUAUUAUGGCAGGUCAAAGUACAUUCUUAACGGAGCUUUCAGAAACUGCAUUGAUGCUGUCAUCAGCCACUCGUAAUUCAUUGGUGGCACUGGAUGAACUCGGACGUGGCACAUCAACAUCAGAUGGACAAGCAAUAGCGGAAUCAGUACUUGAACAUUUUGUCCACAAGGUGCAGUGUCGAGGAAUGUUUUCGACUCACUAUCAUCGAUUAGCUGUAGACUAUAAGAAAGAUCCCAAGGUCUCCCUCUGCCACAUGGCAUGUCAAGUGGGAAAUGGGAUUGAGGAAUUGAAAGAAGUUACAUUUCUAUAUAAGUUGACACCUGGUGCAUGUCCUAAAAGCUAUGGUGUCAAUGUAGCAAGACUGGCUGGACUCCCCAAUUCUAUACUUGAAAAAGCUGCUGCAAAAUCCAGAGAAUUUGAGGCUGUAUAUGGCAAACACAGAAAGAGUAGUGGUAAUGAAAUGGUAGCCUUGAUCCAAAAUUUGAUUGAUGCUGCUACAAAAUUGAGUUGCCACGGUUUUGAUAUCAGAGCGAUCGCUAAACUUCAGCUCAGAGCGAGACUACUUCUGCCACAAAAUGGAAGUGGUAUCAACCUGUCUUCCGAGAGUAGGUAGCUUUGCUGUCAUUUUUACACAGCAUUGCUUUCGAAGUUUGUGAUCAUCUCAUGUAUUACAGUUGCGUGUCGGCCCAUUUAGGAUUUGACAUAGAAAGUUGGUUUAAGCACCAACUCCGUUGUGUAGUCAUUAUCUGAGAGGGAAUAGGUUUAGUUUUGUCGCAAUCAAAGGAGUGAUGAUCCUCCCAUUACAUUUAGACGUUGGGGAAAUGUCAGUGAGGUGGGUUCGCCCAACACGUUGAAAGGAAACAUGUCCUGAUCAUGUAAUUCGACUUGUUUAGGAAGUGAUUAAAGAUUAGAUAGUAUGGUGGUUCAUCUUACACUCCGUUAUUGCUGUUGCAUUUUUGUAUCUUUUUAGUUAUUGGGUGGUUAAUGGGUUACCUCCAUUACUGAU